AAUAAAACUGCCAUAGCAUAUUAGCAUCAACCAAAAAUAACCAUACAAACAAAAAUGAUGAAAAACAAAGAACAAACUCUCAUCUUCCCUUCUCACACCCCCUUCUCUGAAGACCACACCCUCCCCCUCUCCCACCUCGACACCGAUCGCAACCUCCACUUAACCAUCCGCUACCUCCGCGCUUACACCGCCACAACCACCACAACAACCACCGCCCACCAUAACAACCCCUUCCACGUCAUCUCCUCCUCCCUCUCACAAACACUCCCUCACUACUACCCACUCGCCGCCACACUCCGCCACCGCAAACACCCUAACAACCGCCUCGAACUCUUCUGCACUGCCAACCAAGGCAUCCCUCUUAUCCACACUACCGUAGACUUCACUCUCGACUCCGUAAACUACCUCGAUGACCCAUCUUCGCCUUUCCUCGAACACCUGGUGCCCGACCCAGAACCCGAAGAGGGAAUGGAGCACCCAUGUAUGCUUCAGCUAACGGUUUUCAAGUGCGGCGGGUUCACUCUCGGUGCAGCGAUUCAUCACUCGCUGUGCGAUGGAAUGGGUGGGACUCUGUUUUUUAACUCGGUGGCUGAGUUGGCUCGUGGAGCGACUCGGGUUACGGUGGAGCCUAUAUGGGAUCGAGAGAAGUUGUUGGGUCCAAGAGAUCCACCUCGAGUGGAUUCACCUUUGAUAAAAGAGUUUCUGAGUUUGGACAAAGAAUUUGCACCGUAUAAGGAGAAUGUUGGUCGUGUUGUACGAGAAUGUUUUCAUGUGAGGGAUGAGUGCUUAGAGACUUUCAAACGAUCAUUGUUUGAUCAAUGUGGAUUCAAAUUCACCACUUUUGAAGCUCUUGGUGCUUACAUUUGGAGAUCCAAGGUAAGGGCUUCAGGAGUGGAGGACAAUGAGAAGGUUAAAUUUGCAUACUCAAUUAAUAUAAGAAGAUUAGUAAAGCCAGCACUACCUAGUGGAUAUUGGGGAAAUGGUUGUGUUCCAAUGUAUGUUCAAUUGAGUGCCAAAGAUUUGAUAGAGAGGCCAAUUUGGGAAACAGCAGAGCUAAUAAGAAAGAGUAAAAGCAAUGUUACUGAUGAGUAUGUUCGUUCCUUCAUUGAUUAUCAAGAGCUGCAUUUCGGUGAUGGGAUUACAGUAGGGAAAUGGGUGAGCGGGUUCACUGAUUGGAGACACUUGGGUCAUUCUACUGUUGAUUUCGGGUGGGGUGGUCCUGUUACUGUUUUGCCACUUGGGAGAAACUUGCUUGGGAGUGUUGAACCUUGCUUCUUUUUGCCGUAUUCGACUGCUAGUGCAGAGAAAAAGGACGGGUUUAAGGUUCUGGUGACUUUGAAUGAGGCAGCUUUGUCUGGUUUUAGGGAAGACAUGCAAGUAUUUGCCGGGAGCCAAGAGGCGACGCCCUUGCCGCGCAUUUGAUGGUAUGAACCUUUGGUUUUAUGUGAACAAAUAAAGAUGAGUUUAGACCUCAGGUAUUAUAUGCUAUUAGAAUUAGUUUUAGGAUAUCAAUAGGCAAUAUUGCAUCACUGAAAUUCUCAUUUUGGGAUGGUUGUAUUGUAUCAAGAGAGUAUACUGGUGUGUAUAGUUUUGUCUUCAACCAGUCUAAGCAAAAUUCAUCCAUUCUAAGUGUUGAGAAGUUGAUCAUUGUGGUUUGAAUUUGUACUUCAAUACUCUAGUAAUUUAUAGCAUAUGUCUUGAUUAUGCUGUCUAAAGUUUUUUUUUUUUUUGACAGAAUGCUGUCUAAAGUUUUAAAUCGCAAGAUAAAUUAAAUUUCAUCCAUCAGCAGAUACCCUUAAAUGAAGAGUGACAUACACCUAGCUGAUAAAUGAUGAAAAUGUCUAA